UGACCCCAAAUAUUGUAAUGACGUGACGGCGUACGAAAAAGUGUCGCAAAUGUGCGAUCAUCACCAGCACCAUCAUCACCACCACCACCAUCAUCAUCAGCCGACGGCCGUCCUCCUGGAUCUCGUCCCACCCGGCGAGGGACUCCUCAAGAGGCCCAGCAUGGAUUACAACGAGUACACUUAUUGCUACGGCGGUGGUCGAGGGUGUUUGUUGGACAGCGCGGCACCACGGGGACCACCCGAUGUGCCACCCCGUAAUCCGACAAUGAGCAGGCUGAACGGAAGGUUGCCCGGAAGCCACGCGGCCAGCGAUCACGAGAGAGAUCCCGACUUGGAGCCCUCCUGCCUCGUACGCACCCCGUCCGGUAACUUCUACAACAUACCCAAAAAACCGAAGAAUGAUUACAACAAUAAGAAUCAAUCGACGGGUAACAGUCCAAUAAAAGUCGAAUUACAGAACAACAUGGACAGGGUACCAUUACCAUACGGACACGCAUCCUCGAUGAUCCCGAUGAGGAGGCAGAGCAUACGUUGUCAUUUCCGCAAGGGCAUCGAUUGGUGCAGCUGGAAGCUUAUUGCGAUUGUCGUCAUAAUGGUCGCACUCUGCUUAGUUGCAGCGCUUACAUACGUAGCAGCAUCGAACAUGGUGAACUGGUACCAGGGCACAAAAGCUUGUACCGUACUGGUGGGCGACGGCGCGGACGGCAAGACCUCCCAGGACACCGCGAAGAACAGCACCGCGUCGUCGCCAUCGAGCUCGGCGAGCUCGGGUGGCAAGCGCCAGCAGUCCAAUUCUGGAGGUAACUUAGCCAGCGCCGCUUUAUCGCGUAAACGUAGGGACGCGCAAGGGCAUGAUGACGAUUUUAAUGAUUCUUUGGAGUUGCAUGAUGGCAUAACUUUGGUGGCGAUGUUGCACGGGAGGACGGAGGAAAUGAUCGUCGAUGUGGAAACGACCAUUUCCUCGUCGGACACUAACUCGCGCUCCACUAUUUUCAAUAACAAUAAUAUUAAUAUUAAUAGUAAUGGUAAUAGUAAUGCGUCCGUCUUAUCGGUUGACGACGAUGACAUUGGCGCUACUGUCGACUCUUUUCUUGAUCGCGCGACUUUCGAUUCGGACACGAGUACCACUAUCGCUACUACUUUAUCUUCCGAUGAUCUCGAAAUUUCAAUUAUGGAUUAUCACAAGAAUGACGACGCUUUUCAUACAACGAUACGUAACAAUGUUGAUGUUACAACGGAUAUCAUUGGCGGCGUAGUCAGCGGUGGGGAUCUUGAGAGAUCGAGCGAAAGUAGCGAUGAGGAGACCAUCGAAUCGAUUGUCGCAACUUCCACGAUUGACUAUACAUUAAUUACGGAAUUGCGCUCGUAUACCGACGUUUCGGCAAACGAUAAGGAUUUAGCCGAAGGUCGGACAUAUUUGCAAGCUACCGAAGCGCCGGAUAAGAUCACCACGACGAUCCCACUGGAAGAUUUAACGGAGAACGGUGAGCGCACUCUCCACGAGGAGAAAAAUCCCAUUACCGACACUACGACCAUGGCAAACGAAGUCAAGAGUGGUGACAACGACGACAAAAUCGAUAGGACCUUGUCGUUUACGAAGGAAAUUGAUCGUGAAGUUAUCCUCGCGGACGAGGCUGUGGCUCGUUCAUCCGACGAGUUGCAAAGCGACUUUCCCGGUCCGUUCAAUUUUUACGCUGCUGAUGGCUUAGAGAUCGUGAAACUCGUUAGCCAAGUGACAACGUCCGAUCCAUUAAAGUAUGCCAAAACUAAGGAUGCCUCAUAUUCCUAUAAUGAGAUCAAAUUUGAUUUCGAAGACAAUAGCUCGUACGAGGACGACGAGAGGGAGCUUAAGGAGCUCAUGAAGAGGCCCGACAAGCGUGAAUUCUUUCGUAAAUUCGACGAGAAAUUUCGCGUUAUUAACAAUGACAAUUCCAAAACCAAGAUUAUUAGCAGACCCAUCGAGGUACCUGAGAAUGACUUGCGCUACCUGACCAAUUCCAUAAGCGAUAUCGUACGCCAAUCAAAUCGCAGCAACGCAUUAGAAGCCGCACCUCGCGGCAUUCCCAAUCCCAAAGAUAAUGUCAACGUCUUCGAUCGAUUGGAUAAUCGCACACCAACGACGACCACGACCACGACCUUCGCCACCACCGUCAACGCUACCGGUCAUCCGCCCAAUUAUUCGCCGUACCAAGAGGAAGCCGAAGCGCCCUCGUCGAGUCAUCGUAUCGACGUGAUCGAGGUGCCCCUUCAUCAUGACGCGAAAAUCGAAAACGAUCCGGGGACCAGCAGCCCACGAGUCCUGCUUAACGUGACGAUAGCCGCGACCGGCGCGGACUCCUCGAGCGCAAAGACCCUCUAUACCCUCUCGGUUACACUGCCUACGGACGCUGACGCCUCCUCCAUCAACAUCAACGUCACGCCAGGCAGCGCCGACAAAGCAUCAACGUGUAAAACCGAGGAGGGAGACGGGGCGCGCGACACCGAUCCCCGACCCAUCGAGACGUCGCUCAAGAGUAUCGAGAAGUCGCUCGGCUCGAUCGAGAGGACGCUCGGGAUCGCCCUCGAAACAUCCGAGGACGCUGUCGUCAGGAUGCUCAAACCCGUGAAGGGGGCGGUACCGUCGUCGCUGCCGCCUCCCCCGCGACCUCCCGAGCAGCCGCCCUUUUGGGGUGGGGGUGAGUGCGAGUGCUCCUGCCCGUGCAUGGAGGCGGUGGCGCCGGUCUCGGCCGAGCCCGGCACUAACGAUUUCGCCGAUGCUGUCGAUCUCUUUGACGAGCCCCUCGUCAAUGAGGAGGACACGACUACCCAAGCGGGGACCGCGGGCACGGCGACGUCGCCUAGGGAGGAAGAGGAGGAUGAGAAGGGCGACCUCGAUACGACGGGCUGCGUGGCUCCGACGACGGCCUUGCCCCCUGAGCCCGUUAUUUUGAUUCUCGAAGGUGGCAGAACGUUCCCGGCGCGCUCCUUCCCACCGGACGGCACGACUUUCGCACAGGUAUCCUUGGGUCAACGCCUCAACAAGGAGAUACCGGCUUAUAGUUACUGGAACAUGCAGUUCUACCAAUCGGAGCCGGCCUACGUGAGAUUCGACUACAACAUACCACGGGGCGCGAGCAUCGGUGUUUACGCGCGGAGGAACGCGCUGCCGACUCACACGCAGUACGACCUCCUGGAGGUGCUAAGCGGCUUUAAGGCAAGGACCACCAGAGCCUCGCACCCAUCGAUAAAGAAGGAGGUGACGCACUACAUGGAGCCGGGACACUGGUUCCUCUCGCUAUACAACGACGACGGAGAUCCCCAGGAGGUGAGCUUCAUCGCCGUCAUCGCCGAGGACAUGACGCACAACUGUCCCAACGGUUGCAGCGGUAAGGGCGAGUGCCUCCUUGGUCACUGCCAAUGCAAUCCGGGCUUCGGCGGUGAGGACUGCAGCGAAAGCGUCUGUCCGGUGCUCUGCAGUCAACGGGGCGAAUACAUCAACGGCGAGUGCCAGUGCAAUCCUGGAUGGAAAGGUAAGGAGUGCUCGCUGCGCCACGACGAGUGCGAGGUGCCGGACUGCAACGGACACGGGCACUGCACCAACGGCAAGUGCAACUGCGUCCGCGGUUACAAGGGCAAGUUCUGCGAGGAGGUCGACUGCCCGCACCCGACCUGCUCCGGUCACGGCUUCUGCGCCGAGGGCACCUGCAUCUGCAAGAAGGGCUGGAAGGGCACGGACUGCAGCCAGACCGACAAAGAGGCCCUCCAGUGCCUGCCCGGUUGUAGCGGGCACGGGAACUUUGACCUCGAGACGCAGACGUGUCUUUGCGAGCCCAUGUGGUCCGGUGAUGACUGCUCGAAAGAGCUCUGCGACAAGGACUGCGGUGCCCACGGACACUGCGUCGACGACGCCUGCGACUGCCUGCCCGGCUGGUCCGGCGAGCUCUGCAAUCUCAAACAGUGCGACCCCCGGUGCAACGAGCACGGCCAAUGCAAGAACGGCACUUGCCUCUGCGUCACCGGCUGGAACGGCCGACACUGCACCAUGGAGGGCUGCCCGAACUCUUGCUCCGGCCACGGCCAGUGCAAGGUCAACGGGGACGCUCAAUGGGAAUGUAGGUGCUACGACGGCUGGAACGGCAAGGACUGCAGCGUGCACCUGGAGCAGGACUGCGCCGACGGCCGAGACAACGACAAGGACGGCCUCGUGGACUGCGCCGACCCGGAGUGCUGCUCGAGCAGCGUCUGCCGGAGCAGUCAGCUCUGCGUCUCGGCGCCCAAACCCAUCGACAUUCUGCUGAGGAAACAGCCGCCCGCGAUCACGGCUUCGUUCUUCGAGAGAAUGAAAUUCUUGAUUGACGACGGUAGUCUGCAGAACUAUGCCCGUCAAGAGACCUUUAACGAGAGUGUGUUCUGGAAUCACUUCAACACAAGUCGCUCAGCAGUGGUUCGUGGUCGCGUGGUCACCUCCUUGGGGAUGGGCCUGAUGGGUGUGCGCGUGAGCACGAGCACACCCCAGGAGGGCUUCACUCUCACGCGCGACGACGGCUGGUUCGACCUCCUGGUGAACGGCGGCGGCGCCGUCACUCUUCAGUUCGGCAGAUCACCGUUCAAGCCCCAAAGCCACAUCGUCUUCGUGCCCUGGAACGAGGUCGUAAUAAUCAACAAAAUCGUCAUGAGCACGGCGGACGAGAAACCGCCGAUCCACGUGAUCCAUUCGUGCGCGGCUCACGACUACGACCUCAUGAAGCCCGUCGUUCUCGCUACCUGGAAACACGGCUUCCAGGGCGCCUGUCCCGAUAAGAGCGCCAUCCUCGCCGAGUCUCAGGUCGUUCAAGAGAGCCUCCAGAUACCGGGCACCGGACUCAACCUCGUCUACCAUAGCUCCAGAGCCGCGGGCUACCUCUCGACCAUCCAACUCCAAUUGACCCCCGAGGUCAUACCACCGACCCUCAAUUUAAUCCACCUGAGGAUCACGAUCGAGGGCAUCCUCUUCGAGAAAACUUUCGAAGCCGAUCCGGUGAUUAAGUUCACCUACGCCUGGAAUCGGCUCAAUGUCUACCGGCAGCGCGUCUACGGCGUGACGACGGCAAUGGUGAAGGUCGGCUACGAGUACAGCGACUGCAAGGACGUGAUCUGGGACGUGCAGACGACCAAGCUUAGCGGCCACGACAUGUCGAUUUCCGAAGUGGGUGGCUGGAACCUCGACAUCCACCACCGCUACAACUUUCACGAGGGCAUACUGCAAAAGGGCGACGGCUCCAACAUCUACCUGAAGCACAAGCCCCGUGUAAUCCUAACGACGAUGGGUGAUGGCCACCAGAGACCUCUCGACUGCUUCGACUGCGACGGGCAGGCCUCGAAGCAGAGGCUCCUGGCGCCCGUGGCACUCGCCACUGCCUCCGACGGCUCGAUUUUCGUCGGCGACUUCAAUCUCGUGAGGAAGAUCUUGGUCGACGGCACCGUCCGAACCAUCGUGCGCCUAAACGCCACCCGUGUCUCCUACCGCUACCACAUAGCCCUGAGCCCGCUGGACGGCUCGCUUUACAUCAGCGACCCGGAGUGCCAUCAGAUAAUUCGCGUACGCAACACAACGGACUACUCGGACCCGGAACACAACUGGGAGACGGUCGUCGGCUCGGGCGAGCGCUGUCUGCCCGGCGACGAGGCUCACUGCGGCGACGGAGCCCUCGCCCGCGACGCCAAGCUCGCCUACCCCAAGGGCGUGGCCAUCUCCGCUGACAACGUCCUCUAUUUUGCCGACGGCACCAACAUUCGCAUGGUGGAUAGGGACGGCAUCAUCACGACCAUAAUUGGCAAUCACAUGCACAAAUCGCACUGGAAACCGAUACCCUGCGAAGGCACCCUCAACGUCGAGGAGGUGCACCUACGCUGGCCCACGGAAUUAGCCAUCAAUCCCCUGGACAAUUCGCUCCACAUGAUCGACGACCACAUGGUUCUCCAGCUGGCUCCGGAUGGGCGGGUGAAGGUCGUGGCCGGUCGGCCCCUCCACUGUGCCUCACCCUCCUCGACUUUCGACACGGAGCUCGCGACUCACGCGACCCUCGUUGUGCCACAGAGCGUGGCCUUCGGACCCUCGGGCGACCUCUACAUUGCCGAGAGCGACUCCCAGAGGAUCAAUCGCGUCCGGGUAAUCGGGACCGACGGCAAGAUAUCGGCCUACGCCGGCGCCGAGUCCAAGUGUAAUUGCCUCGAGCGGGGCUGCGACUGCUUCGAAGCCGACCACUACUUGGCCUCCACCUCCAAGUUCAAUACGAUCUCGGCAGUCGCCGUCAGUCCCGACGGCGUCGUGCACAUCGGCGAUCAAGCGAAUUACAGAAUACGCUCAGUUAUGGCCAGUAUCCCGGAUGCGAGCGGCGCGCGCGAGUACGAGAUCUACUCACCGGACACGCAGGAGAUCUACGUGUUCAACAGAUUCGGCCAGCACAUCGCGACGAAGAACAUCCUGACGGGCGAGACGAUCUACUCCUUCGCCUACAACGUCAAUACGAGCAACGGCAAACUGAGUACAGUGACGGACGCAGCCGGCAACAAGGUGUUCUUGCUGCGCGACUACAGCGCCCAGGUUAACUCGAUCGAGAACACGAAGGGCCAAAAGUGCCGGCUACGCAUGUCGCGCAUGAAGCUCCUCCACGAGCUCAGCACACCCGACAAUUACAACGUGACGUUCGAGUACCACGAACCGACGGGUCUCCUCAAAACGAAGCUCGACUCGACCGGGCGCAGCUACGUCUACAAUUACGACGAAUUUGGGCGGCUGACGAGCGCGGUAACGCCCACGGGCAAAGUCAUCAGCCUGACGUUCGACCUGAGCCUGAAGGGAGCGACGGUAAGAGUGGGCCAGAACAGCAGGAAGCCCUUAUCGAUGCUCAUCAAGGGUUCGUCGGUCGUAACGAAGAUCGGCGAGGCCGAGCAGAGGACGAGCGUGAUGGCCGAUGGGAGCGUUGGCAGGAUGACGCCCUGGUCGCACACCGUCAGCACCGACACGAUGCCCUACUCGAUCCUCGCGGAGAUCGAGCCGCUACUCGGCGAGAGCUAUCCGGUCCCGGCCAAGCAGAGGACCGAGAUUGCCGGCGACCUGGCCAAUCACUUUGAGUGGCGGUACUUCCUGCGUCAAGUCCAAGCCGGUAAAAACAGAGGCGGCGCGACGGCCAAAGCCAUUGCCAGGGUUGGCAGGAAGCUGCGAGUGAACGGGGACGUUCUACUGUCGCUCGAAUACGAGAGAGAAUCGAACACGGUGGCGGUCUUCAAGGACGAUCGCGUGGAGCUCGUGAACGUGACGUACGACAAGACGGCGCGGCCGAUCAAGUGGGGACCACGCGACGGGAUAUUCGCCGGCGUCGAGCUCGAGUACGAUCGAUUCAGUAGGCUCGUCAGCUGGACGUGGGGCGACAUUAGCGAGACCUACGGCUUCGAUCAGGCCGGACGCCUCUACGAGAUUAAAUACAGCGACGGCACGUCCAUGGUCUACGCAUUCAAGGACAUGUUCAGCAGCCUACCACUAAAGGUUACGACGCCGAGGGGUAGCGACUACCUACUGCAAUACGACGAGGCCGGGGCACUCCAGUCGCUCACCACCCCAAGGGGACACAUACACGCCUUCUCACUCCAGACGUCCCUCGGCUUCUACAAGUACCAGUACUACUCGCCCAUGAAUCGUCAUCCCUACGAAAUACUCUACAACGACGAUGGUCAGAUCCUCGCUAAGGUCUAUCCCCAUCAGAGCGGCAAGGUCGCUUACGUCUACGACCACAACGGCAAACUGGAGACGACUCUUGCCGGCCAAUCGUCAACGCAUUACACGUACCAGGAGACGACGUCCCUCGUGCGUAGCAUCGAUAUCAACGAGCCCAACUUCGAGAUGCGUGUCGAGUACAAGUACCACGCGGGCAUCAUUAAAGACGAGAAGAUCAAGUACGGAAGCAAGAGCGGCCUUGAUAAUGCGCACUAUCGUUACCAGUACGACGGCAACGCGCGCAUAUCCGGCAUCGACGUCGACGUCAGCGGCAAGCAGCUACAACCCAUUCGCUUAAAGUACGACCAGAAUCUCGGAGUACUCGAGGGCGUGAACGACCUGCGGAUCUACAGGAAUUCCUUCAAUCGCUCCGUAAUGCAGGACUCGAGCAAGCAGUACUUCACCGUCACGGAUUACGACGAGCACGGACGCGUGAAGACCAUUUUAAUGAACAUCAGGUCGAUGGACGUGUUUAGGAUGGAGCUGGAGUACGACAAUCGUAACCGUAUCAAGAUGCGCAAGCUCAUGAUCGGCAAGGACUCGGUCGAUAAGAAGGAAUGGACGCGCAUGGAUAAGAUCACCUACAACGCGGACGGUCACGUGCUGGAAGUCGCCGACACGGACAUCUCGUGGCAAUACGCGUACGACGAGAACGGCAAUGUUAUUGGAGUGACGGAGCGCCUGGAGAAGAUCAGCCUUGGCUACGAUAGCGGUGAUCGCGUUGUCCAAUACGGCGACGUCGAGUUCAACUCCUACGAUCAGCGGGGCUUUGUUGUGAUUCGCGGCGAACACAGGUAUCGCUACAACACCCGGGGUCAGCUCAUCCACGCGGCCGAGCAUAAGCAAUUCCAAAUAUGGUACUACUACGACGACAGGGGCCGACUCGUUGCCUGGAACGACGACCGCGACAACGUCACACAGUUCUUCUACGCGAACCCCAAGACCCCGGACCUCGUGACGCACCUCCACUUCCCCAAGAGUCAGCGAACCUUCAGGUUCCUAUACGAUUCGCGCGAAUUCCUCAUGGCCGUGGAGACGUCCGAGCAGAGAUUUUACGUGGCCACGGAUCAGAACGGCUCGCCCCUUGCCCUUUUCGACACCAAUGGCAAUCUCUAUAAGGAGAUGAGGCGGACACCCUUCGGCAAAAUCAUCAGAGACACGAAUCCCGAUUUCUAUUUGCCGAUCGACUUCCACGGCGGCCUCUUCGAUCCCAACACGAAGCUCGUCUACCUUAACAAGCGGCUCUACGACCCGACCGUCGGCCAGUGGAUGACGCCCGCCUGGGAGCAAAUGGCCAACGAGCUCACCACUCCCACGGAUAUUUUCAUCUACCGUUUUCGCAAUAACGAUCCGAUCAAUCUCAAGCAAAAUGUCGAGUAUAUGACGGAUCUGCCCUCGUGGCUCAAGCUAUACGGCUACGACAUCGAGGCGAUGCUUGGCUCCGAGUAUACCAAGCGGAUGGUUUAUCAGCCGAGCGCCACCAUCACGUCGCCCCAGCUGACCCCGGACUUCGGAGUCAUGAGCGGCCUCCAGUGCAUCGUCGAUAGGGUCCAUGACAAGUUCUCGGACCUCGGCUUCGUGCCCAAGCCUCUGCUUAAGCUCGAGCCGAAGACGCGGAACCUCCUACCUCGGGUCGCCCAUAGACGCGCCGUAUUCGGCGAGGGCAUCCUUGUCUCGCGCAUCGGUGGCCGAGCUCUCGUCAGCGUCGUCGACGGCGUAAACAGCGUCGUCCAGGACGUGAUGACCUCCGUGAUAAACAAUUCGUACUUCCUGCCGCUGCACUUCAGCGUCCAUGACCAGGAUGUGUUCUACUUCGUUAAGGACAACGCUCUCAAGAUACGCGACGACAUGGAGGAGCUUCGACGGCUCGGCAGCAUGUUCAAUGUCUCGACUCACGAGACGACGGAGCACGGCAGUGGGACGUACAAGGAGCUGAGGCUGCACAGUGCCGACGCCGCGGUUGUCAUCAGGUACGGGGCCGACCCGGAGCAGGAGCGCCACCGCAUCCUCAAGCACGCGCACAAGCGCGCGGUCGAGCGCGCCUGGGAGAUCGAGAAGCAAUUGGUGGCCACCGGCUUCCAAGGCAGAGGUGACUGGACCAAAGAGGAGAGGGACGAGCUCGUGAGCCGCGGUAUAGUCGAGGGCUACGAGGGCGUCGACAUUCACAGCGUGCACCGGUACCCCCAGCUCCGUAAAAGACGGAAGAGCUGUAGUAACAGGAGGGGCGCUAGGGCCUACAGGCACGACUCGUGACUGCUGGAGGAAAGCCCUGGGACUUCCAAGGACACCGCCGCCCCGUUAAUUUCUACCUUUCGCUGAGGGGUCCUCGGCAAAGCUCCGCUUCUCGCACGAGUACGACGGGCCCGUGCCCGCCGUCUUUCAUACUGUAUUUCAUAAAAAGCAGGAUAACCAAACGUAACCGACGUGCGCAGCCGAGUCGGCUCUCGAGACAGUGGCACAAGACAUGGGUGGGAGGUGGGUGGGUGGUAGCGUCGUGGUGUUCACGCAAGAAAUCAAAGCUAGUCGAUGAUGGGUGGAUUUUGAGAGA